CCUGAUUUUGUCCCCAGGGGAUGCACAAGGAUGAAUGGACAUUCAGGAGGCAUUAAAUCUCAGGGGACAGCACGGAUAGAAAGCUCAACAUACUCAAAGAUCCAGAUUGCUAUUUAUGAAGUGAUGAGCAGAGCAGCUUUCUGGGAGAGUGAGGAGGAAAAGAGAUGGAGGUUUGUGACAGUGGCUGUUGAGAUGGUGGUGAAGCUCCCCGGCAGCCCCAGGUGAAGGUUGGUGGUGGAGCAGUCACCCCAGGACCUGUCUCCCUGUGGAUGCUCAGGGGAGCUGGGAACAGAGGGGACAAGGGUGAGCAACACCACGAGGGGUGACAACCAACUGACACCCUGCUAAAAAAUGGGACACACAGAACUCCUGGUGGCAGCUGGCUUCCUUCUUUUUCAGGAGGAGUAUCUGGACUAUGUGCUACCCAAAUUAGGAAGCAAGGACAUGGAAAGCAAAUCCCACCUGCUCUCCAAAAUGCCCAAGGAAGUAAUCCCAUUGACAGGUUUUUUUUCAGGCACAGUUCUGCUUUAAGAGCUGCUUGUAUUUGUCUUCCACUUAAAUAGUUCCUUGUGCUGCCAUGAAAAAUGUCUGCUACUAAAGCAUUCAUUUUUGCAUCAAAUAGAAAACAUGAGCAUCCGCCCCGAUGAAAUUGGCUUAAUAAACCAGACCCUCAUUUAAGAACAAAGUCUGCUGUAAAGUAAUAGAUUUGGUGAUAAAUUACUCCUUUAAGUGGAUUUUCUUAGGGGUUUAAAUGGUUUGGUUUGGCUAUGCAGGACCAUGAAUUUAGUAGAUUGUGCCUGUUACAAAGGCAAAGCAGGCUGUAAGGUAUGACAGCUAUUCCCCUUCAUGGGUUUCAGAUUUAUGAAGGUAAAAUGUCCUAUUUACGAAGAUAAAAAGAGCUGAGGUUGAUGUAACCUAGAGAGGAGACUCCUCUGAGGCUGGAGGAAGAAAUAUGAAAAACUUCUUGUGAACACUUGCCUCUUCAUCACAGCACAAUGUCCCCUCUCCUACACCAUCCCACUCCCAUCUUUUUCCUUUGCCCUGCAGCUCUCUCUCCUCCCUCCAGAAAGAGCCCAUGGGAUGAAACCCUUCCAGGUGACUUCAAAGUUAGCACAUCUGGGUGCUGAGAAAGCAAGGAGAGGAGCAGUGUCACAGGGUGGUGGAAGCGAGGGUGAAUUUAUCAUUGAAGAUACCUGUGAGGAAUACUUUUGGUGUCUUUGCAUGGCCACUAUUCUUCUGAAGACUUCUUAGGCCUGCAAGGGGAAAACCAAACAAGUUUUCACAUAAGGAAUAUUUCUCAUUUUUUUUCCCAGAAAGGUGUGUUGAAACAGAAGCAUUUGGUCUCAUCUCAAGUUACUGCCUGUUGAGUCAACUGUUCUAGACUCAGCACAAGGUAAUGAACUGAAGCUGAGUUCUGCAGAGGCCCUUGGUUCCUGCUUCUCUCCAUUUUGUCAUGACUGAGCUUCAAGUGUCACGCUGGUGGUUUGAGGCUUCUGUCCUGAGACAGGAUCCAUCUACCAACCAACACUGGAGUGACUAUGGAAGCAAAAUAGCAUAUGGGUCUUUGAGCAUCAGGUGAUUCGUGGGAAGUGGCCAAGCUUGGCUGGUGUGGGGCAGGUGAAGGAGGAUGCCCUGCAGAAACCUGGACCAUGCCCGACCUGAAGAAGUCAAGGUGCAAGAUGUCCACCCAGCAGGACGCUCAGGGCAGCACUCCGGCCUCUGCAGGGAAAAAAGGGAGAACGACACAGAGACUCAACGACUCCUGGAAGGUCCCGAGUGGAGCCGAGAGCCCCUCCCAGCUGGGUGCAGCUCCUGCAGCAGGGGAGUCUUCUGCAGCUGAUGAUGUUGAAGCUCUUUGGAAUCAUCCUAUUCUGUGCCCUCCUCUCACCCUCCCAAGAAGUCCUGUCAGGGCUGUCCUGUGCUGUCAGCCCAGGGGCGAUGCAGAACGUGCUCUCCAAUGCCAUCCUUCAGAAAGGGCUCCUCCAGCAGCACCUCCAGGGCCUAGUGCUCCCAAACAUCAUGGGUGACGGGGGGCUGCUGACCUCUCCCACCAGCAUCACUGGCCUGCGCCUGGUGAAGGUGGGGGUGCCCAGGCUCUCGGUGGUGCUGCUGCCCAGCAUCGGGGUCCAGCUGACCAUUGCUGCCCACCUGGAGCUCAGCGGCAACUGCCUGGUUGGCCUUCUUUCAGAUCUAAUUGACAUCUUAGUGGAUGUGAACAUUACUGCAAACAUUAAAUGCACGAAUUUUGAGUCGGGCACAGUCCAGGUCGUCGUUGAAGACUGCCUGUGCAUUCUGGGUGCCAUAAAGAUCAAGCUCCUUUCUGGCCUACUCUCCCUCUCAGUAAAUGACAUAGUGCUUAACAAGCUGACAGCAACCCUGCCUGGUUUGCUGUGUCCAGUGGUCGAUAUUGUGGUCAACCUUGUGAACAUCCAGCUCCUGGGGACCCUCAACGCUGUGAUCCCGGUGGGUACAGCAGGAACCAUUCACUACCAGCUGGCCAGCCUGCCCUUCACCUCCGGCCUCUUCCUGGGCUUGGAUUUAGAUGGUGUGGUGAAGCAGGUGGGAGGCAGCAUCAUCCCCCAUGACUCGUCCCCCUCUGCUUUGCCUCCACUGCUGGACAAGCUGCUGGUCCUGGGGCUGCGCCAGAGCUUUCUCAACGCAGUCCUGUCCCUCCUGGUCCAGAUCCCACCCCAGACCUUCCCCUGCACGCCAGAAAUGUUCUCUGGAGCCAGCGUUCUGCAAGAAGCCAUCAGGACCCUCGUCCCUGCUGGGUGCUCUGCCUGCCAAGGGACCAGUCCUCUGAGCAUUAAGAUAUCAUUGUCCGGGAAACCACUCAUCCUCUUGGAAGACAACAAAGCCACUGUCGAGCUUUCAGUCAUGAUUCAGUUGUUCAUCAAGCGUUUAGAUGGGCCCAUCCUCAACCUCCUGCUGUUGAAGGCCGACCUCGGUCUGAGCGCCCACGUGUCCGUGGUUGCAGGCAGGCUGGUGCUGGGCUUGUCCCUGGGCAGAACUUCCCUCUCCUUGGAGUCUUCUGAGGUUGGCAUCAGCAAUAUCUCGACCUUGAAGCCCCACUGCAGAGGUCUGCUGGUGGAAAGGUUGCUGCCUCUCAUCAAUGGUGCUCUGAGCAUCGGGAUCCCUCUGCCAAACGUGCUGGACAUUCCCUUGCUAAAGGUGGAUGUUCAGAUAUUAGUGGUAAGUGUCUGGAGAGGCUGUUUCCUCCUGCAAGGCACCAGUGCAGGUGGCUAGGGCUGUAGCCGGACCCAGCCAGGGGUGGUUCCAUGGGCAGGAGCUGCAGGGUUUAAGCCUUGAAAGGCCAGAGA